AUGCCCAGUUACCCUGAAGCCAAGGCUGCUCCAAGAGAUUGUUUCAUUGAUGUGAAUUCUAAAGGUGACAGAUUUGGCAAUUGUGGUUUCUCUGGCAAUGAAUACAAGAAGUGUGCCACUGGGAAUGCAUUGUGUGGAAAGCUUCAGUGUGAGAAUGUACAGGACAUGCCUGUAUUUGGAAUCGUUCCUGCUAUUAUUCAGACUCCCAGUAAAGGCACCAAAUGUUGGGGUGUGGAUUUCCAGCUAGGAUCCGAUGUUCCAGAUCCUGGGAUGGUGAAUGAAGGCACAAGAUGUGACAAUGGAAAG